CCGUCCCGCCCUCUCCACCCGUCCCCGGGGAGGCAGCGCCCUGCCAGGGCGGAGCGGGCGCGUAGAGGUGCCGGGCUGCGGGGCCCGGCCCGGCCCGGCUCGGCUCGGCCGCCGGCGGCAUGUGGGGCAGCGGCAACCCCGGCGGAGGGGGAGCUGGAGCCGCUGCGGUGACGGUCGUCCUGAGCGGGACCCGAGACUGCUUCCUGCACUUACCUCCCGUGCUGGCCUCUCACCUCCGCCUGCAGCAGGGCCAAGCUGUGAAAGUAUCCUGCAGUCGUCAGCCUGUAUUUUUGAGCUGGAUGGAAAUCAGGCGUCGAGGUCACCAGGGUGAAAAUAUUGCAGAGAUUAACAGACAGUUAGCAGAGAAACUUGGCAUUACAGAUGGAGAACAGGUAUUUCUUGAACCAUGUUCCCACAUCUCCUCCUGUCAGCAAGUAGAAGUGGAACCACUCUCAGCAGACGACUGGGAAAUUCUGGAACUGCACGCUUCUUCUCUUGAAAACCAUCUUCUUGACCAGAUUCGGGUAGUAUUUCCCAAAGCCAUCUUUCCUGUAUGGGUUGAACAGCACACUCACGUUUACAUCAGAAUCGGUACGCUUAAGCCAGCAGCCCCCUAUGGGAGAUUAGAACCAUGCACGGAGCUUCUAAUACGUCCCAAAACACGCGAACUUGAGGAAAAUACCACCAGCACAGCUUCCACAGAAAGUGACAUCUUGCUCAAAAGUUUUGUGAAAAACAACAUGGAGCAAGAAGAAACAGUAAAGGAUCCUUUUGCCAAAGAACCUUACUUAAAGCCAGGAGUCCUUGAACAGAGUAAGGCUGAUGCAAACAUGACAUUUGGCUCAAAUGUUCUCCCAAAUAUAUGGAAUUUCAUUGGGAGCAUUUUUUCUCAUACAUCUGAGCAGAAACAAAAGACUUUGUGUGAUAAAGAUGAAGUGAGCACCUUCAAAGACAAGCUGCUGAACUUAAUUCACAUGGAUUCCAUUUUUAGAGUAUGUCAGUCCCAGCCUCCCAGCGUGCAGAAUGCAUCUACCACUCAUGCGUUUCUGAAAUGGAAUGCUGUUCAUGUUUUUCCAUGGAACUUAGAAUUUACUGAUUUGGAUCCAAAUCCUGUAGUAUCAUAUGGCAAAAUUAAUCAGCUGCUUUCCCCGAGACAGCGUCAACAAGAAGCAAAGCAAAAUCUGCCAUCUGAAAAGCAAAAGCAGUUGGCUAGUACACAAGACAAAAAUCAUUCUGGUUCUAAUAGCAGUCAAGCAUCCAGUGAGGGUUUUGUUGUUCAAAUUGUUUGGAAUGGAUUUGAAGACCUAAAGAGUGUCAUAGAGUAUCGCCACAGUGGGGAAGCCUUACAUGUUGGAAGAGUUUGGAUUCCAGAUGGUCUGAGGAAAAAACUACAUAUCGACACACAUUCAACAGUCCGAAUUAAGUCAAUUGAGUCUAUUCCUAAAAUUCCUGUAUCUCUGACACUACAACCCAAACAGAACUUACAUAAAGAUAUACAUGAAGAUGAUAUUAAAUCUGCUUUCAGUUCUUGGCUGCAGGAUUCCACUACUGAUGAUCACCCGUGGAUAAUGACAAGCACAUGCUGUAUAGAUCUGUCUGUUAAAGAAGGAACGGAGGAGUUUGUCCUUAGUGUAGUGCAUCCUGUGCACGUUGAAGAAAAUAAGUCUGAGAAUAUUUUUAUACUGAGUCCCAGUUUGCUGCAAAAGACUAAUAUACAAGUUCUUUUACAUCCUCUAACUAGAAAAGCUGAUGGUGACAGCCAGCCACCUAUAUGUGAUACAGACAGGAACCUUCCUUACCACAAACUAAACGAUUUAGGGGGACUGGACAAAUUAGGAACAUCCUCAUUUGAACACAUAAGCCACAGUCUUCUGGGGCGUCCUUUAUCUCAAAAGCUGGCUGCUGUUGCUGUGGGACUGCGAAGUGGAGGGGUGCUUCUCACAGGAGGAAAGGGAAGUGGAAAGUCAACAUUAGCAAAGGCCAUCUGCAAAGAAGCAUUUGAUAGACUGGACGCUCAUGUAGAAGUAAUCGAUUGUAAAACUUUAAGAGGAAAAAGAUUAGUAAACGUAAGGAAAAAUGUGGAAGAAGCUUUUUUAGAGGCAGCAUGGAGGCAACCAUCUAUUCUUUUGAUGGAUGAUCUUGAUCACAUUGUUGGAGUACCUUCUACACCAGAGCAUGAGAACAGCCCUGAAACCAUUCAAAGCAGUAGACUUGCUUAUGUUUUGAAAGAUCUGAUAAAAGAAGUUAUUUCCAUGGGGAGUUUGAUUGCAUUAAUUGCCACAAGUCAGUCUGAACACUCCUUACAUCCUUCCCUGGUUUCAGCUCAAGGAACUCACAUAUUUCAAUGCUUCAAAUGUAUCCGAUCUCCAGAUCAGAAGCAAAGAUGUGAAAUGCUGUAUUCCAUAAUAAAAAUGAAACUGAAUUCUGAUGUAAAGAAGUUCUCUGAUCUUGACCUCCAGUGUGUUGCAAAGGAAACAGAAGGUUUUGUUGCUAGAGAUUUUACUAUGCUGGUUGAUCGUGCCAUUCAUGCCAGUAUUUCCAACCAGAAUGCAUUUCAAAAUGGUGUAGAAUUGAUUCUGUCAACUGUGGAUUUUCAGAAAGCUCUAAAAGAUUUUACUCCGUUAGCUCUGAGAAAUGUCAACCUUCAUAAACCUAAAGACAUUGGCUGGGACAAGAUUGGUGGCUUAAAAGAUGUGAAGCAAAUACUUAUGGAUACCAUCAUGUUACCUGCAAAGUAUCCAGAAUUAUUUGCAAACCUGCCCAUACGACAGAGAUCAGGAGUCUUGCUGUAUGGAGCACCUGGAACAGGAAAAACACUGUUAGCAGGAGUAAUUGCUCGAGAAAGUGGAAUGAAUUUCAUCAGCAUCAAGGGACCAGAGCUGCUCAGCAAAUACAUUGGAGCAAGUGAGCAAGCAGUUAGAGAUAUCUUUUACAGAGCUCAGGCAGCUAAGCCUUGUAUUGUUUUCUUUGAUGAGUUUGAUUCUAUUGCUCCUCGCCGAGGUCAUGACAACACAGGAGUUACUGACAGAGUGGUCAACCAACUUUUGACUCAGUUAGAUGGCGUGGAAGGCUUACAAGGGGUUUAUGUGCUAGCUGCUACUAGUCGCCCAGAUUUGAUUGACCCUGCUUUGUUAAGGCCAGGUCGACUGGAUAAGUGCCUGUACUGUCCACCUCCUGAUCAGAAUUCACGCUAUGAAAUCUUAAAAGCUCUCAGUCAUUCCCUGUCCUUGGCAAACGAUGUGGACUUUCAGGAUUUGGCAGCAAAAACAGAACGGUUCACAGGGGCUGACCUAAAAGCUUUGUUGUACAACGCCCAAUUAGAGGCAAUCCAUACUAAUUUAGGUUCAGGUUUAACACAGGAUUUUGGUUCUAGUUCUGAUAGUGACUUCAGUCUCUCUUCCAUGGUUUUUCUAAACCACAGCAGUGGCUCAGAUGAUUCAGCAAUAGAUGGAGACGCAGGGCUAGAGCAAUCUCUUAUUUCUUUAGACAUGUCUGACUUGCUUCCUGAAGAUCCAAGGUCCAAUAUGUAUCGUCUUUAUUUUGGAAGCUCUUAUGAAUCAGAGCUGGGAAAUGGAACUCCUUCAGAACUGAGCUCUUUGUGUUUAUCUGGACCAAACUCCCUAAGUCAUGAUUUUAUCAGUGUGACACAGAGAGACACAGCAUCAUCACAACCUUCAAUGCUUAGAACAGCUUCUCAAGAAGACUCCCUGGAAAAUAACCAAGAGCAGCAAACAGAGCACCUGAGGACAGAAAUCAGUGCUAUCAAAGCCAAUCACAGAAGCAAGAAUGGGGAGGACAGCACCCUUGAUCAGUCCGUGCUUGCCAAGAACAGUUUAAUUAUUACCCAGUCCCAUCUGAUGGCUGCACUUGAGGGUAUAAGACCAUCCAUUAGCCAAGAUGACUGGAAGAAUUUUACUGAACUGUAUGAUAAUUUUCAGAAUCCCAAGAAGAGGAAAGGACAAGUUGGCUCAACACUCAGACCAGGACAAAAAAUUACUCUAGCAUAGUAACUUGUAAUUACUUGUAAUUGAUAAACUGUAACUAGGAAUGACAAAUGUGAUUUAAAUCAGAUUAUUUAUAUUCACAUGGAUUUAUUAACACAGAAGUUGAAGAUAAGUUUCUUUUAAACUUACAUGCUGUAAAAUUACAUCAUAUUUUAUUUUGAAGAAAAUUGUCUUCUUUCAGAGUGAUAUUAAAUUUUUGAGAGAACA